AUGGAUGUUCCUCGGCCAGCUUUCAAAUGUUUCGACGACGAUGGCCGGCUUAAAAGAUCAGGGACGUUUUGGACGGCGAGUGCGCAUAUAAUAACGGCGGUGAUUGGGUCUGGUGUUCUGUCUCUGGCAUGGGCCAUAGGUCAACUCGGUUGGAUCGCAGGUCCUGUAGUGAUGCUCUUGUUCUCUUGUGUCACUUACUUCGCUUCCACUCUUCUCAGCGACUGCUACAGAACCGGAGAUCAUGUCUCCGGAAAGAGAAACUAUACUUACAUGGAUGCUGUCCGAUCUAUCCUCGGUGGAUUUAGGUUCAAGAUCUGUGGGAUGAUUCAGUACUUGAAUCUCUUUGGAGUCACGGUGGGAUACACAAUCGCAGCAUCUAUAAGCAUGAUGGCAAUCAAGAGAUCAAACUGUUUCCAUGAGAGCGGAGGGAAAAACCCGUGUCACAUGUCGAGCAAUCCAUACAUGAUCAUGUUUGGUGUGACCGAGAUCUUGCUCUCUCAGAUCAAAGAUUUUGACCAGAUUUGGUGGCUCUCCAUUGUCGCUGCGAUCAUGUCCUUCACAUACUCUGGAAUCGGUUUAGCUCUCGGCAUCAUUCAGGUCGCAGCAAAUGGGGUUUUCAAGGGAAGUCUCACUGGAAUCAGCAUCGGAACAGUGACUCAGACGCAGAAGAUUUGGAGAACCUUCCAAGCACUUGGAAACAUUGCAUUUGCUUAUUCGUUCUCUGUUGUCCUUAUCGAAAUUCAGGACACUGUAAGAUCUCCACCAGCGGAAUCAACAACGAUGAAGAAAGCAACAGGAAUCAGCAUCGCCGUUACGACGACGUUUUACAUGCUAUGUGGCUGUAUGGGCUACGCCGCUUUCGGAGACGCAGCUCCCGGAAACCUCUUAACCGGUUUUGGUUUCUACAAUCCGUUUUGGCUUCUUGACGUGGCCAACGCCGCCAUUGUAAUCCAUCUCGUUGGAGCUUACCAAGUCUUUGCUCAGCCCAUCUUCGCCUUUGUCGAGAAACAAGCCGCUGCUAGGUUUCCAGACAGUGACUUGGUAACCAAGGAAUUCGAAAUCCCAAUCCCUGGUUUUAGGUCACCGUACAAAGUCAACGUUUUCAGAUCGGUUUUCAGGUCGUGUUUUGUGGUUUUGACCACCGUGAUAUCGAUGCUUAUGCCGUUUUUCAACGACGUCGUUGGGAUUUUGGGAGCGUUAGGGUUUUGGCCUUUGACGGUUUAUUUCCCGGUGGAGAUGUAUAUAAAGCAGAGGAAGGUUGAGAGGUGGAGUAUGAAGUGGGUUUGUUUGCAGAUGUUGAGCGGUGGUUGUUUAAUGAUCACGGUGGUCGCCGGAGUUGGCUCCGUUGCCGGAGUAAUGCUUGACCUUAAAGUUUACAAGCCGUUCAAGACUACUUAUUGA